AGCAGUAAAGCUUUGCGAGAAGACGACAGCGUGAGAAAACAAAACCAUAAAUCUGUUACAGUAAAACAGAUCGGAUUAUCGAUAUCAAAAUCUAGAAUCGAGAUAUUGAUCCAUCAGUAAUGAAGGAGGAUACGGUUUCAAGCCCUUGUAUGGAACCUCUGUUAUUCUCCGUCGAUCCAACAAUGUCUCUCUUACUUUCUCAAAACCCCGACAACAACAACAACAACGAUCUCGCAUUCGAGAGAGGACCGAGAUACAGAGAAUACGCGACACUUCGUGAAUCGAAGCUUCGACUGAAGCGAGAGUACGAGAAGAUACUCAAGGAAGAAGAAGAUCGGUUCUUCGGCGGAGAAGAGAAGAAGAAACAAACAAGAUUCGGUUUCACAAGCCAAGAUGAAAUCAAGCCAAGCCCUAAUCUGCGGAGACUAUCCUCGUCCUCUUCGUUGGCUCAAUCGGUUCCUGAUUUCUCCGCCGUGAUCCGCAAGGAAAAUCGCCGUCCAACCAACUCGAAUACGCUUCCACCGAGGACGGAUCGCACUCCUCCGCCGCCGUCUAAGAUCAGAACCGCCUCUGUUUUCUCCGGAUCGGUUUCUUCUGUUAGAGGAAGCGUAUCUGCUAGUGGUGGAGAGAAGAGAAGCAAAGGGAUGAUGAACGCGCGUAAGAGCUACGCCACCGUCGAAGAUUUGAAGAAAAUCUCAACCGCCGCAGCUUCAGCCAUUAUUGGCGGCGGAAGAAAAUCAAUCGGCGGAGGAGGAGGAGGAGGGAGGAGGAAAUCAGUCAGCGGUGGGACUAUUCUAGGUUACAGACAAACUUAAUGUCCCAAUCUAACCUUUUUUUUUCCCUACGAUUUGUUUUGUUUUUAGGUUUUGAUUGAUAACAGUUCUUUCAAAAAAAAUUAAUAAAUAAAAGAUUUAAUCUUUUUUUUCU